GUUUCCGCUUCCCUCCCUGGGGCGGGGUGAGAGGCAGGGAGGCCGAGCCUCUGCCCUGUGCCGUCGCCAUGUGGCCCCCCGACCCGGACCCCGAGCCGGAGCCCGAGCCCGCGGGCGGUUCCCGGGCCGGCGCGGCGGUCCCCGCGCUCCGCGCUCUGCUGCCGGCGCGCGCCUUCCUCUGCUCGCUCAAAGGUCGCCUCCUGCUGGCGGAGUCGGGUCUCUCGUUCAUCACCUUUAUCUGCUAUGUGGUGUCCUCUGCAUCGGCCUUCCUCACCGUGCCUCUGCUGGAGUUCCUGCUGGCUGUCUACUUCCUCUUUGCUGAUGCCAUGCAGCUGAAUGACAAAUGGCAGGGUUUGUGCUGGCCCAUGAUGGACUUCCUGCGCUGUGUCACCGCUGCCCUCAUCUACUUCGUCAUCUCCAUCACAGCUGUUGCCAAAUACUCAGAAGGGGCUUUCAAAGCAGCUGGGGUUUUUGGCUUCUUUGCCACCAUCGUAUUUGCAGUUGACUUCUGCCUGAUCUUUAACGACGUGGCUAAAUUCCUCAAGCAAGGAGAUUCUGCAGAUGAGAACACUGCCCACAGGACAGAAGAGGACAAUUCCAACUCAGACUCGGACUCUGACUGAAGGCUUGUCUGUGCCCAGCAACCUGAGCACCUGGGCCUCACACCUGCACCUUCCUGACAGGACUGCUGGGAGUGUGGCCAGAAGGCACUGAUGUGGAAGGGAGAUCCCCCAAGUGGGCCUGUCCACAGCCUCAAGGUUACAUUCCUGAGCUCUGCAUUUAAAACUGCACCCCUGGACUAGUGCUGUUAAACCACUCUGUGUGAGGGUGUCUUGAAUGUCCCACCCUCUCCCACUCCUGUUCCACAGAUCCUAUUUCCUAUAACCUUGUUGCCAAAACCAUGGGACAGCAGAUGCAGCUGUCUCAGUUGUAGUUCUUGCUGUGGAGUGGGUGGGGGGGAUUGUCUGUUUCACUACCAAGAACAGACAGAAGCCACUGGAGCGCCAGCCUGCCGGGCCCUGGUGGCCCCCACCUGCAUAGGGUGCUCCUGCUUAUGCCAGCACUUUGUUGAGAACAGUCCUUUCAGGAGUCUUUGUUUAAGAAGCACAAGCUCCCUCCUCGUUGUGGAGGGAGAAGACUUAGCCUUCCCAUCUUAGAGCAGGUUUUGCCACCCAAGAUGGGUGGCACCUUAGUCCUGGAAACCACGACUUCUGUUCCUGGGUCCAAGACAGGUUCAGAGAAGAGCUCACAGACUCACUUGCCAACUAGCCAACAGACAACCAUCACAGUGGCCGAAACUGUGACCCGGGCAGCUGGGCAGGCCCAGCAGAGCCCUCUUCAUGCAGGCAAGUCCUUGGGACUCAAGGACACUGUGCUUCCUCUGGACACCAGGGCAGGCCAACUGGCUCCCUCAUGAAAGAUGAGACAAGCCUUCUGUGUUCACCUGGGAACAUACAGUAUAUGUAUGCUUUGAUGGGGUUUUGUAGCUUUUUUAUAGUUUUUGUUUUUUGUUUUUUUUUUCCUAAAUACUAAAGCAGCUUAACAGAUGGCAUUUCUGUGACCAAGAGGCCUUGGGAAUGAGCCAGAGAUUGGGGACCAGGUUUGGGGCAUUUGUAACCAUAUUCUUGCAUGUGAAUCUCCUGCCCUGAAAGAAAAAAAAAAAAAAAAAAC